GCGGAGCCAGACACGUCCCGCUGUGAUUGGCUGGCGGGAGAAAUCCACGUGACGUUGGAGAUUGGCACUUGGCGAUCAAGGGGGGAAAACUCGGGAGUGGAAUAUUUUGUUUAUAGACAGGCAAAACUGUAGCGGUGAAAGGAUCUGAUCUACCAGUGGAUAUUAUAGAUCUAUACGUGUGCUUGUUUCAAAGUUGCACUGUUAAAAAAAACAACAACAACACAUAAUUAAUUACUGGAAAUAAUACUAACAAGUACCGCAAGGAGUGAGCCUGGAUUUAACACUAUUGCCUAACGGCAUGCAGAAGACCUAUUCUAAUGCUGGCGACGCCAUGCCGCACGGCUAUCACCCGGGAUACUACCCGGACGUUGGAUACGCCAAGUACGACACCUCGGCCAUGUACGCCGGGUAUCAGGGCAACUGUUCGCCCCUGGGCGACGCCACUGGACUUGGAUCCUACUACCACCACCAAUCCAGCUGCGCCAUCCAAGGGGGCCCGAUGGGCGACCCCACCUGCGGUGGGAUGGUAGACGGCGGAGGGGGUCUGUAUGACCCCAACGGCUACCCGAACCCUUGCGGGGUCCCGGGCAACGGGUGCCCCCCUGGGCUAGGGCCCGUCAUGCCCAACAAGCAGGCCCACGAGAUUUACCCGUGGAUGAAGGAAUCCCGCCAAAAUAAUAAACAGCGUCAGGCUCAAGUGACAGAGCCGUCCAAGAGAGCCCGGACAGCUUACACCAGUGCGCAGCUCGUGGAGCUAGAAAAAGAGUUCCACUUUAAUCGCUACCUGUGCCGCCCUCGAAGGAUCGAGAUGGCAGCGCUGCUGAACUUGACCGAGAGGCAGAUUAAAAUUUGGUUUCAGAACCGUAGGAUGAAGUUUAAGAAGGAGCAGCGGGGCAAGGGGUCUGUGGACAAACAUGGGCCCAAGUCUGAGGGAAGCUACUCUGAGAGCGACACGGAGAACUCUUCCUGCCAUGGCAUGUCCGGUCUGAGUGGAGAUAGGAGUCCUGGCAUCAUAGACUGUGGUAAGUCUGGAAAGAUGGAGGGAAACUCGGGAGACAUUAACGGACUUCAUUUGUCUCCUAAUCCAGGUCAAGGAGGUGGAGACAUAGGGCAUUUCCUCUCCUCGAGGCUGCCCAGGGGAAGCUCGCCAACCUCUUCCCUUAGCGAUCUCGAAUCAGCGUGUAGCAUGCAAGGUCCAGCACAAGGUCAAGGACGAUCUCAAAGCGGCAUGAGGCUGCCACCUUUGGAAGGUGCCGGAUCGGCUCAGAUUAUUAAGUCGGAGAGCCCUGGAGCCGGACUCAUCUCCCCUGGACACGGUGCCAACAACGUCCAGCAACAGUCUCAGAAGCAACAGCUUCCAACUCCCCAGUCGGUCCACAAAGCCGGACACGGCCACGACAACUCCUCGCCGAUCUCUUCAAGCAUGGCCCCCUACACUCACACCGCUGUUCAGCCUCCGCCUCAACACCAGCCGCAAACACAGCAGCCUCCGCCGCCACAACAACAGCGCAUACACCCACAACAGCAACAACAACAACAGCAGCACCACCACCAACAGGGUAGUCACCACGGCAGCGGGUACGGCCCGCCCCUGACCAGGCAUUACCCAGGAUCCAACAAUAUGCUGGUCACCGGAAGCAUGUACUCCGACAUUAAUCCUUUGGACAACCACACGCAUGCGCACGGCCCGAUGGCGUCACAUCCGGCUAUGAACUCACCAAUGAACUGCUCCGUAUCAUCUCUGGGUUACAACCAAUACGAGUAUAUACCGAAACUUACUCAUUUAUAAGCGCAACAACUCUACAGCAACAAGAAUAGCACUCACCUUCUUUAAACAAACAAGCAAAAAGUGUCGCAAAGACUUACUCAAGAAAACCAGGUCUAAGAACUAAUUGACAUCUUCUCUUUGUAAAGUUUUCCUUGCUAGCGAGUCUCUGAUGCAAGGAAAAAACUUAUCACAAUAAACAGAAGAACUUAAAAUACAAGUGAUCAUUAAACAACCUUUGAACUUUGAACUGGCCUAUUUUCGGAGCUGUCAUGACUAGAACAGGAUAUGUGUGGCGUAUGCUGCAGGUCUGAAUUCGGUCGGACCACUGCCAUGUAGUCACACUGUGGUGUGUGUUGCUUUCAAACUGUGUGUGAGGUAGUUGACGUCAUAGUGGCAAUAUUUUGUUGUUGUUGAUUUUCUCUUUCAUAUUGUGUUCUACAUGAUGAUGAUGAUAAUGUGUAUAAUAAUGAAGAUGAUGAUAAUGUGUAUAAUAAUAAUAAUGUUAAUUUGAUGAUGUGUAUGAUAAUGAUAAAUGAUGAUAAUAUGAUGAUGAUAAAGAUAAUGUGUAUAAUAAUAAAAAUGAUGAUAAUACAAUAAUGAGAAGAUGAUGAACGGUAUGAUGAUGAUGAAAGCGCAAAUCGUUUUAUGAUUAAAAAAAAAGAGUGAUAGAAAUUGAUAAUGAAUGAUAGAAGAUAGAGAGUGUCGUACCUUAACAUAAGGACCUAUUUGAAGAAUGCUUGACUCCUUAGUACAUCUUACUUAGAAAUCAAUUAUGACUAUUGUCUUCUAAGUCGAAUUGAUUUUGCCCUGAAUACGAGACUAUUGUAAAUGAAAUAUACUAAUGAAGGCCCUAAAAUGGUUCAACCUUACCAUAUGCACGAGCCUGCUACAUGACCUAUAACGGUCCUCGUGUGGUAGAACUCGUUGGUAAAGACGCCAUGUCCGCUCACCCUAAUUGCUCAUUAUUUGUUCACUCUAGUGAAUUUUGUUGUCAAUGGUUUAACAAUAAAGUUAUUUGUUUUUUUUUUAAAGAUUAAUAUAUUUGUAUAUUUAUUGUAACAAAUUGUAUAAAUCUUAAUUUAUUUCACUUUUUGUGCUUUUGUCUUUAAAAAAAAAAUGGUGAAAUGUAUUUUGAUAUGUUAGCACUAUUUUUUUGUUUGUUGCGCAAUGAUUCGUGUUUGAGGGUAAACUCCUUCCUUUCAUUGAUAGUUGCAUCGGUAGUGGCACAAGUAAGACACUCAAUCUACCUACUAUAACAUAGAGAUACAAUACUUGUGGUAUAAGCAGGUCAUGGCAGAAAUUACGCGGAAGAAUUUUCAUGAGUACACGUCACUUCCUAAGUAUGGCGGCAGUUUAAAAAAAUAUUAACACUUGUUAUUCGUAUCUGAACAUCUAUCUGCUAGAUCUGUAUGCUCUAUUAUAGAGUUAAAUCAUGCGUGUAAAACAAGCGGGGGUUGGGGGGGGGGGGUAGCUUGCCAGUAGGGUAUUCCAAGGUCACCGCUAGUUUUAGGGUUGAUUGGAUUAUAUGACGUAGCUUAUAACAUCUGGCGUCAAAAAGUCACAUUCAGAGGCACAGACAUAAGACCAUCACCCUCACAGGACCGACACUGAUUUAGCAAGUCUUCAUUUUUUUUCCUUUUUAAAAUCCUUGUUAGCUUCUUCUCAAGUUCUGGACACCGACAACCGAAAAUUUACUAAAUACCUGGGAACUGGAAUGUCUCAGCAGAGAUCUGAAUGGAGGGUUGUGCUGAGGUUGAGCCCUGCAUGGGCUGUAGUGCCACGGGGAUGGAGGGAUGGUUAGCUUCUUAACAUUGAUAAUUACCUGGUCGUGUAGUGUGCGCUUCGGACUGUGUUCAUGAUGGUCCUGAGUUCGAAAAUUGCCAUUCCCUGCCGUCCCGCAGGAGGUUUGGUAACACGUAGCAAUCUGGAUUUCUACAGAAGCGUUCCAAACGGAUCAAACACAUCAACCUAGUGCGACUUUGUAUGGCUUCUAUGUCCCUCCCAAACUUUAUGGAAGUCUGAAAUAAUGUUAUAUCCCCCCCCCCCCCACAUCAUUUUCUUCAUAGAGAGAUCGGUACAGCAUAGGGCAUAGGAGUAUAUGGUUCCGCCAUUCUUAUAGAGUCAGUGUAGAUAGGGGCCAUGAGCAUACACAGCGAAAUCAUUAACUCUUAGCAUCCAGCUGUAUAGAGUGACCCAUCCAUGAUCAGCAGUCUUUAUUCUUUGAACGUCAUGAUGACAGCAAGUGGUUAGCGGUUAUUCUUACACUUGAUCAGGUCCCAGGUUUCUUAUAGCCCUUACCGUGGGACCACGCACCUUAAGGGGAGAAUACAACUAAACAAAGUCUAUCUGACAUUUUGAAAUGAUUUGUUCAGUUUUUACACAGUUCGCUUUUCAAAUUUAGGUCUACUACCGCCGUUGCAAAAGAAAUAAAAUACAAACAGUGAAAAAAACAAAUUAUUACAUUUUACGACUUAUUAACUUUCGUGUCAUGUAUACCUUUGUUUUUUAAUCGGAAAUUUCCGAUUUUCUAACUUGUAUUAUAGUAGAACGUGUAUGGGUUUUCCCGUAAAUAAAUAAAAAUUACUGAAUUAUUAAGUACUUCGAACAGAGCUUUUAGAGAUUAUGUUACAUACGUAUUGUGACCCUAGCAGUAAGCUUUCUAACAGAACUUUUUUAAUAAAGGGCAUAAUCUGAGGGGAAAAGGUUUGCAUAAAUUUAAAGACUGUAAUCAUUUUUUAAGCAUUGCUUUGUAUGUGUAAAAAAAUAAAAUGAAAUGAAAUGGAUCUCUUCAAAUUACUGCCCUUGGUUCCUCAACAACGAUUGUGUAUGUUUCUAUGGCAACAUAGUGGAAACAAAUGUGUAGAUUUGAAAGGAAAAAUAAACAAAACAAACCCGUGUGA